GUGAGCGGAACAGUUGUGGUAAGAAAGAAGGCUAUAAAUAGCUCAUGCAAUUCUCGAAAACUAUCACAAGUGGUGCAUCAGCUUGUGGAGCAGACGGAAUCAGAUAUCCUGCGUGUAAUGUCUCGGCUCUAAGUUAAUUGUUUUGCAGAGGGACGAGCCUGUGAUAUUUUUUAAAGAAGUUUCGACUCGAAUUUCACAAUUUUUUUUUGGUGUUGUUCCCCAGUGCGAAAGAAACAAGUCGUUUUGGAUUAUGCUCAUUUAAUGUUGAAACUACCAGCGGAAAGACUGACAUGGAAACGGGUUGAUCUUCCUCUGUGCGUGUGCGUGCGUGUGUGUUUGUGUGUGCGUGCGUGCGUGUGUGUGGACUGAAAUGGAUACAUUUCUCUGCUCUCCGCCUUUGACAGCGAUCACAUUUGGACUCGCCUGACCUGGAUUGUAACAAUGUUUUGAUCCCCGCACACGCUUGGAUUUACAACAAUCUAUCUACCGGGGCUGUAUGGAUGCGUUUUGCACUUCUCUUUGAAUACGCCCAUUCCACCCUGAGUCUAUUAUCUGGACCUCUUGUGAGGUUAUAAGCCUGCUUGUUUGUCAGCCCUGCUCGGUGUUUUGAUACCGAUGUAGGAUUUCGACAUGCCCAGCACUGACGAUCCCAACGGCGGACGAUUAUGACUACAACGACGAACUGGGUGGCCAACGGGGCAAGCCUUGAGGACUGCCACUCCAACAUCUUCUCUCUGGCGGACCUGACAGGCAUUAAAUGGCGUUGCUACAGCUUCCGCAAUGGUGGGGAGUACGGGCCCGUGAUCUCGGCCCCUGCCCAGGACGACCCGGUUCUGCGCAGCUUCAUGCGCUGUGUGCAGGCCAACCUGCUGUGCGUAUGGAGACGCAAAAUCAAACCUGGUGCCAAGGAGCUGUGGAUCUUCUGGUGGGGUGAAGAGCCAAAUCUUUCUGACAUCAUUCACCAUGAGCUAGAAGUGGCUGAGGAGGGGCUCUGGGAGUGUGGACUGUCCUAUGAGUGCAGGACUCUCCUGUUCAAGGCCAUACACAACCUGCUGGAAAGGUGUUUGAUGGAUAAGGGGUUUGUUCGGAUUGGGAAGUGGUUCUUCAAGCCACAUGAACUGGAAGAAAAGCCUUUGGGCAACAGUGAACACCUAUCAUGUUCCUUCUCCUUCUUCCUUCACGGGGAGAGCAACGUGUGCACGAGCGUGGAGAUCGCCCAGCACCAGCCUGUAUACCACAUCACAGAACACCACAUCAGCCUCGCACAGACCUCCAUCACACCAGUACAAGUGAUGCUGAGUCCAUAUGGCCUGAGCGGCACUUUAAUAGGUCACGCCUACAAGAUGAGUGAUCCAGCAGCACGGAAGCUGAUGGAGGAGUGGAGUUACUUCUAUCCCAUGGUACUUCAGCAGAGAGAUGGACACGGAGAGAAGGAAAAAGAAGAAGCAAGCCAGGCCUAUGAUCAAAACUGUCAUGUGGCAGUGGAGAUCAUUGUAGGUGGAGUAAGGAUGACCUACCCAGCUGCUUUUGUGCUGAUUGCCCAAGGAGACCUACCAGUGGAGCAGUCUCCAUCUGUUCCUGCAGCUCAGAGCCUCAACAGGGAAGCAAAUCACUGCAGCGGGCCACUCACACCGCCAACGUCACCGGAGCAGCCCUGCUCAGCGGACAGUGGCUUUGUGACCUCCGUCUCCAGUGUUCCUACACCAGAUAGUAGCAUGGGGGUCACUAGCAUCAGUCCAAAGCAUUCUGAGAAGAAGCUAACCUGUCAGGUGGUCCAUCAGGCUUGGAGAGAGUGCUAUCUCAACCAGCCACAGCACAUACUGAAUCAGCCAGCUGAUGUGACGCCUAAGAAGGAAGUGCCAAAUGGAGUUACCACGUGGGACUUCAACGAUCGGGGAGCGAGAGCAUCCUGCAGCUGCUCCAGGUUGAAGCAACAGAAGCUGAAUCUGGCCAUCACAUCCACUGCCAACCCCCAGUCUAGUGCCAACCCAGUUCAGUCCUCUGGUUCAUCAUUAUACCCACCUUCCCUGCCCAAACACAAAACCAGUGACAAGACAGAAAAGGCUGACAAACAGUCCAAGAAGCCGGCCAUGAUCCCCUUCCAUCAUCGACUGUCUGUCACACAGGAGACCCCUCUGGAACAGGAAUCACCAGGAGGGCCUCAGCUUGGGGGUCUUGUAGUGCUAGAGCCACCUUUGGAGCCUCUGGCCACUCUGCCAAGCUGCAAAUAUCCCAAACCCCUCUCCAAUAGCAGGAAAGCCCCUGAGUCCCUUCUCCAUUCACCAAUGUCUCCACUCCCACCCACUCUCAGCCCGCAUCCCCGGGUGCAAGACCCAGAGGGUCUGGAUGGGCCUGUGGAUAUGAGUGUCUGUCCAGACGGGACUUCAGGUUUGGCGGUGAUUACCAGUGAGACAGCUGUGUAUGCAGCUCUGCUGAGGCAGAGGGAGAAUGGCGCUGGCUGGUGGAGAGGCUUCAGGACUCCCAGGACUGAUAAGUCUGACUUCAGACCUCUUGAACUCCCCACUGAUAAAUUAGAAGAAGUGAAGACAGAGGCAACCACUGAGGGAGCUCCACUGAAAAGAUUAUACACACAGACUCACACGAGAUUUAAAAUCUCCGAGGACAGGCAGAGGGACCACAUCCGCAGUUUAGGCCUGUUCCAGCAGUCAGGUGUGGAGACACUUCGGGAGCCUGGGGAUGAUCCCUAUGAUUUUAAGGAAGGAGACAUUGAGUACACGUUCUCCACUUCCAAGAGGUUAAAGGGCCAAGGGCGAGAACCCAGCAAGAAGGCAAAGGGAGAAGAAAUCACCAGUAAUGGCGCACUGCCUGAUGGGAAAGAUGCCAUGUCCAUUUUUAACUCGGCUCCAAAAUCAGAUGAAUCCAGUCAGGAUGAUGGAUCUGCCAAAGCCAAUCCUUCUCUGACCAGAGAAAAAGAUCUAGUGGUAAACAUCUCUGACCUAGACAACAUAUUUGAUGAAGACGAGGAAGACUUGGGGACUGUUUACCCCAACCAGCACUCAACAAAGCUACAGGUGUCGACAGAAGAUCGCCCUCUGGGGAAAGAAGGGAGGGUUGCAGUACCUUAUCCAUCAACAGUAGCAGACCUUCAGCGGAUGUUUCCCACGCCACCUUCUCUAGAGCAGCAUCCAGCCUUCUCUCCCAUCACAACGUAUCGUGACACCCCAAGCCAAGAGCCCCCUGCCCCCAGCGGAGCAGCUGACCACUUGCCGCCUUUAACCUCCACCCAGCUUACUGAGUACAGGAUGGAAAUGGAGGAUGGCAUGGCCAGUCCCAGGCAGGAGGAUUUCAAGCCACAGAUAGGCUCCCCCAUGUUUGCUCCACUAUCCUGCCUACCCAGCCAGAGUGUGCCCCCACUCAAGAUUCCUGAGCAGUGUUACUAUCGUCCAUCUUGGGCCGUCCUACCCAAAAUGGAGCAUUUCUCUGCGGUCUUGCAUCCUCAGAAUACCACUUUCAUCAGGGACGGAUACAUAAAUGUCCCCAGUGUCAACACCCUCACAGACCAGGAGUAUGGCCAGAUGAGUGCCACCACUGCCUCUGUGAGCACCACUGUCGGCAUCCUCCCAUCUCCUGCCACUCCCCGCUUCUCUGUGCCCACUCCACGAACCCCUCGUACACCACGAGGUAUUAACGCUGCAAGCUCUGGCCAGGGUUCAGUGAAGCAAGAUGGCACUGAGCUCAGCUCUCCAGUCUCCACACCUUCCACCAGCCUGCCUCUUAGCUCUGUAGAGCCCUUAGCUCGGCCAGGACCUUCUCUGCCUGAGGCCCACAGCCUGUAUGCCGUCCUUCUGCUCUCAGACUCCGUCCUCAAUGUCUUCAAAGAUCGCAAUUUUGACAGCUGCUGUAUCUGUGCCUGUAAUAUGAAUGUCAAAGGUGCAGAUGUGGGGGUUUAUAUCCCUGAUUCUACAUGUGAAGAUCAAUACCGCUGUAUGUGUGGCUUCAGUGCCAUUGUGAACAGGCGGCUGGCCCAUGGCACCGGCCUCUUCCUGGAGGAUGAGCUGGAUAUUUUUGGUCGGACUUCUGAGGUAGGCCGGGCAGCUGAGAGGAGGUUGGCUCUUUGCAGGCGGGACCCAACUAUGGGAGACCCAAAGGCCAAACGACCACAGGACGCAGCCCCCGCCUCUCCAUCAGUCAUGAUCCUCUUGCGGGAACAGUGCUCCCAGCCCAUUUCUUCCCUGGCAUCACUGCAUCACCCCCACAGCUGUUCUUGUCAUGGCCGCAAAGGGGCACUGCUCCAAAGCUGGAUGUCUGAAAAACAGUGGGCAGACGGGAGUGAUGCCUGUGUGGAGUGUUACAAUGCCUUGGAACAGGGCCUGCAGUAUGUGGAUAACCCCACGGGCGGAAAAGUAGAUCCUGCUGUUGUCAGAAGUACAGCUUUUCACUCCUGGCCUAACACUAACAUGGUGGACAUGAGCAUGUUGUCGUCCCAGGAUAUGGUUCGCAUGCUGCUGUCUCUGCAGCCUUUUCUGCAGGAUGCCAUCCAGAAGAAGAGAACAGGACGGACCUGGGAGAACAUCCAGCAUGUUCAGGGUCCACUCACCUGGCAGCAGUUCCAUAAAAUGGCUGGGAGAGGCUCCUAUGGUUCGGAGGAGUCACCAGAGCCCUUGCCCAUUCCUACAUUGUUACUGGGAUAUGACCGUGAGAGGGACUUCUUAGCGCUGUCCCCUUUGGCAUUACCUUUUUGGGAGAAGUUACUUUUGGAGCCAUAUGGGGGCCAGCGGGAUGUGGCCUAUGUGGUGCUGUGCCCCAGUAGCCCCUCUUUGCUGGCUGCAGCCCGGGCUUUCUUCCAGGAGCUCAGCGCUGUUUACGAGACAUGCCGGCUUGGGAAGCACCGUCCUCUGGCCAAAGUGUCCAAGGAUGGCCUUGUCCAUGUAGGUGAAGAGGUGGAGCCAGAAAAGCUGGAUGAGCUGGAUGUGGAGCAGUGGAUGACUGGACCCUGGGCUGGACAGCAGCACACUGACAACCUCAGCAAACUGAAACUCUAUGCUUAUGCCUGCAAACAGCAGCUAGGUCCCCAGCUGUCAGUCCUACCUCUGGACAGCAGUCUUCUGCUGCCUCCCAAAAUUCAGCCCCCUGUAAACAACACACCCACAGCAGGCCAGACAGGGGAGACAACCCAAGGAGGAACCAGCGAGUCUAAAGGACCUUCUAGUUCCACACCACCAGCCAACACACCAGCAGAAAACCCUGAACUUGCUUCUGAGCAAUCUAGAAUCGGUAUCCCUACUGUGGCCGACUCAACAGACAGCCACACCAACCCACCAGCUAUUGUUAUUUACAUAGUGGAUGCAUUUCUUAAUUCAAGUGGAGUGAGAAAUGAAGGGGGUGAGGAAGAGGAGGGUGACGAGAUAGAGACAGGUAGCAUUUGGUUGCUAGGGCUUCUUCGCUGCUAUACAGAGAUGCUACAGACUUUGCCUGAGAUGACGAGACUUGGACUGGUCCUACAGGUGGUACCGUGCCAGUAUCUUCUCCAGCCAGCCAGUGGAGAGAGCCAUUUGUACCUGCAGCACCUGCGCUCCCUGGCCUUCUCCUGUUACUCCCAGUGCAGACGUCUGCUACCCCAGCAAACACAUAUCAAGUCUCUGACUGGCUUUGGACCAGUGUCCACUGUCAAUUCUGUACUUAAGGGUUCAGAGCAUCCUGGCCCACUGCAGCUGUACUCUCCUCCGUUCAUCCUUGGUCCGACUCGUCCCAAGCAGCCAGAACAAGGAGAGAUAUGGGCAGAGCUCCCUCCCAAGUACAACGUGCUCUUUGUAGGAUACUGCCUGUCUCAUGACCAACGCUGGAUCCUUGUGUCCUGCACCGACCAGCAGGGGGAGCUCCUGGAAACCUGUAUUAUCAAUAUUGAUGUCCCUAACAGAUCACGACGUCCCAAGGUUUCAGCCAGGAAGAUGGGACUCCAGAAGCUGUGGGAGUGGUGUAUUGGCAUCAUCCAGAUGACCUCACUGCCAUGGAGGAUUGUGAUUGGUCGAUUAGGAAGACUGGGGCACGGGGAACUAAAAGACUGGAGCUCGCUCCUUGGCGAGCAUUCCCUCCAUUCAAUAGGGCGCCAGCUGCGGGAAGCUUGUCGUAUGUGUGGGAUCUCAGCUGCUGACUGUCCCACCAUCCUCAGUGCCUGCCUGGUAGCCAUGGAGCCUCAGGGCUCUUUGGUCAUCAUGCCUGAUGCAGUGACCAUGGGCUCAGUGUUUGGCCGCAGUACUGCUUUGAACCUGCAGACCUCACAGCUGAACACACCUCAGGAUGCUUCCUGUACACACAUCCUAGUCUUCCCAACCUCUGCCACCACCCAGCUGGCACCCAGCUCCUACCCUACAGAGGACAAUAACGAUGACAUGUUUGAUCUUCCCUUUCCUGAUGAACUGGAGAAUGACAUUGGCCAUGACAUGAUGCUGAUCACAGGGAACCUCCACCCUUCCCCCAACACCUCUCCUGUGCCCUCACCUGGUUCUCCAUCCGGAAUGGGAAUGGGAUCACAUUUCCAGCACACCAGGAGCCAGGGAGAGCGCUUACUAUCCAGAGACAAUCCACCAGAAGAGCUGAAGCAGCAGCCACUGGCUCUGGGCUACUAUGUCUCCACUGCACAAGCAAACGGACUUCCUCACUGGUUCUGGGCCUCCUGCCCGCAGGCUGAGAGCCAGUGUCCACUUUUCCUCAAGGCUUCCCUCCACCACCACAUCUCCAUAGCCCAGUCAGAUGAGCUGGUUUCAGACAAGACUAAGAGGACCCCUCACCCCUUAGACUCAAAGACCACCUCUGAUGUGCUCAGGUUUGUAUUGGAGCAGUACAAUGCCCUCUCCUGGCUGACGUGUACCCCUGCCACCCAAGACCGCCAGUCCUGCCUGCCCGUCCACUUGGCUGUACUGAUCCAAAUGUACAAUGCCAUCCUAAACAUGCUUUAGGUGUGUGAGACUUGCAGCACAAAGUCUAGGGGACUGAUGGUUACCUUUGUCUUCUCUGUGCCUACACUUCCUCCUCCUGGGCACCAGAGAGCACCAGAGCUCUUCUGUUGUUUCUCGUAGACAUGGAUUUGAUGGUGCAACUCAGACUCUCCCAGGCCUGGAAUAAAAGGAAAAAGUGUGAAAUGCUAUGAACAACAAGUCUGGUUAACUGUGACAGUGCAAACCCAGCUUGUACCUUCAAAACUGGCUUUGCCAGUUAUGGUGCUUUCUGAGGGGGAAACGGGCGGAUCGAUCCGACUAUGCCCAUUUUACUGGCAUACCACAGUGUUUUUCUCCUGAUUAAAAUGGCGUGAUGUCUCAAAUGGGUCACACCUCUGUGGAUGACAUUUACAGAGAAGCUGCGUAUGAUUCUUAUUACAUCCUCACCUGUGAAAAGAGACAUCUGUGCAGGAGCACAUAGUCGCUCUGUAAUGCACAACCAGCAAAAUGGCAUGACAACACAAACACAUGGCUUUGUUACAUCAAUGAUGUUUUUACAUUUUUGUAUAGAACCAUUGAGCUUCUUGGGACUUGAAUAAUAAAAGUUUUACCUUUAGUCUGAAAGGGGCAAGCAUCCUCAUUUACUAAGGGGGAGCAAUUGAAAAUGGCACUUUUUUUUCCUCGCCUUCCAAAGUGUUGUAGAUAUGAACACAAUGGGAAAUAUCUGACCAGUUAAGACAGAAGUGUUGUUUAUAAUGUAAGACGUACAUUUGCAAAGAAUUGAGACUUAUUUUUAAUAUUUAAAACAAGAAAAUGAGAAACUUAAGGCCUUUUUCCCAAUUGACUGUUAAUUGUCUUGGGAUUGGAAAUAAAAUUUGUCAUUUUAAUGCAAUUGUAAAGAUGCCAUAUUUAUACAAAUUAUGUCAUAGAAUUUGAUAUAUAUGUAUAUACAUAAAUAUAUAUUACCUCUUCCAAGCAGGCACUUAAUGAUAACGAGGAUGGACAACCAUCGCUUUAGAAGUGGACACAGUAUGACCAUUUAUCAAGGAAAAUUUCAGCUCUUUUAUUUUCUAUAAAUACUGAACAUUUUAGCUUUUUAUUUAAUGAGUUUAAAUUAAACUAAUUGAUGCAGGAGAUACAGUAUACUGUAUAUUUAUAAAGUGUUCCUCUUCUGCUAAAAAACUUGAAAUAGGCAAUAGAAGACCACGGUAUUUGAACAUUGCAAGGUUAUGAAAUAUUUAAGAAUGAUGCUUUAUUUAAUUGGCUCUCCUAAAUGAUGUCAACUAUUAGAAAGCCUGUCUCUUCAGCUUCGCUCAGUCUGCUCUUUGUUAGAUUCCUAGCAUGUUUGUAUAUACACUUUUCAGCUGUGUUUUUUGGAUUUUCUUAACGCUGUAUAUUUCAUGCUGGUUGGUUUACUUUCCAGUGAUUCAUAUCAAAGUAUUUUUUGUUGUUAGCUUUUCUGAUAUACAAUAUACAGUGCAAAAACUCGUUUAAUUACAGCCAAGAGGUUAAAUUGCCAAGUAAGUGUACACAAAUGUACAGACAAGGGCAAGUUUGCAAAAAUUUGUUACAUCUGUCAUCACUUUGAAUAUCAAACAGAUCCACUUGAGUGGGAGAAAUCUGUUA